GAGGCUUGGCCAGCGACCAGGUGGUCAAGGUGCUGCAGGGCUGCGGGAGCAACGUGCGCAUGCUCAUCGCCCGUGACCCCUCGGGACAGUACUCCACCUCCCCGCCGCCCCCUCCCCCGCCCGCCGCCAGCCCCGUCUCUGUCUUACCCUCUGGAGUCAAACCCCAGAGUAGGAUCCGCAGGACGCCCAACCUGCAGGGUUAUGAGAUCCAUAAAGUGCCUCUGAGGAAGAAGGAGGGCCAGAGCCUGGGGAUCACCAUCAUCGGAUACAACUCCUUAACCCGCGAAGACGCGGUCGGGGUGUUUGUGAAGAACGUGGUUCCUGGGAGUGCCGCUGAGCAGAGCGGAAACAUCCGGAUCUAUGACAGGAUAAUAGAGCUGGACGGGGUGAGCCUGCAGGGCUUCACUAACCAGGAGGUUCUGGACGUGAUGAAGCAGACAGGCCAGACGGUCCUCCUCACCCUUGUCAGGAAGAUAGCCUUGCCCAAACCGUCACUGGAGAGGUCCCUGGACGAAGUCCACUGAGUUCAACCUCCCUCCGGCCAUCUGCAGUCCACUGAGUUCAACCUCCCUCCGGCCAUCUGCAGUCCACUGAGUUCAACCUCCCUCCGGCCAUCUGCAGUCCACUGAGUUCAACCUCCCUCCGGCCAUCUGCAGUCCACUGAGUUCAACCUCCCUCCGGCCAUCUGCAGUCCACUGAGUUCAACCUCCCUCCGGCCAUCUGCAGUUCAAUGAGUUCAACCUCCCUCCGGCCAUCUGCAGUUCAAUGAGUUCAACCUCCCUCCGGCCAUCUGCAGUCCAAUGAGUUCAACCUCCCUCCUGCCAUCUGCAGUCCACUGAUUUCAACCUCCCUCCGGCCAUCUGCAGUCCAAUGAGUUCAACCUCCCUCCGGCCAUCUGCAGUCCAAUGAGUUCAACCUCCCUCCGGCCAUCUGCAGUUCAAUGAGUUCAACCUUCCUCCGGCCAUCUGCAGUCCAA